CAGAAAGGUAGGAAAGGUGCCAAUUGUUGGUAACAACGUAAAAGUUAGCACUCGGUGAGUACAUAACUAAAAAAAAAUGGUUGUCGACAAAUUGGUAGCGUUAAGGCCGUAGCUACUACAUCUUCAAAGUGUAUCCUUGAACAGUAUAGCAGGAAGAGUGGCCUUCUAUAUUGUUCGAGGAUGGUCCUGACAGAUGAACUGCGAACAGCUCUAAUAGUGGCGCCGAUUCAUCGCAGGGCCGACGUUCGUGACGUUAUCACGAAACAGAUGAAGAAUCAACAGGCGAUGAUUGAUAUUGUUACGCUUUUGUGUCUGAGUUUGUUGCAUAUUCAAUGAAUUUUAGUUCGCCUCAUAUGAGUUUCAGUACUAAUCAACAUCACUGACCUCCCUGUGCAGCAUGUAGUUUAAAGUUUUCUUGUCGUCGGCAUCCUCGAGAGCGUUGCUGUUGUUUAGCUCCGUAUCCUCAGGCGUGAGCUUACAAGUAAACUCUAAUAUUGUGAACGACCGCCGCAACAGCCAAAAAGCCGGAAUCUUGAAGCUGUUAGACGAACAAGACAAGCACAACACGUAUCUCCGCAUGGCACUUGGAGCCAUCUCGCAGGUGCAGCCACAUAUAGUUGCUUUCUGGGUGAUAGUGUCUCCUUCGUCUUUUCUUGACUAUUUCUUGUAGUACUCAUGUUAACUCAAUUGUCAAUGACAAAUUGAAGAGCUGGCGCAUCAUUAUCAUUACUGAACCCUAACCGACGACUUCUAUUUUAACACCCCAAAAUCUUAAAGUCUACAUCUUAUCAUCACCCAACAGGAGUCGUGGGACAGCAUGGGCUUGACCAUGGCCCGAUCCCGCAGUGCAGAUUAUGGCAUUUAAAUCCAGAGGAUUUUGAUUUGGUCUUGAUUAUUGUGUUAGCUUUCACAGGACCUAUAUCUCAGCAGCACUAUCCUAGACAGCAUAACUCUACUUGUUGCCACGCCCACAGCAGACAUAAUCAGCUACCCUCUUUACCCCGACGUCGUCUCUCUCUCUCUAAUCGCAAUCGAUGCGUGCUCCGGAAGGCUUGUUGGGUAGCUUCGCUCAGAGUAUGCGCUUCGGACCUUUUCAAGGAGGACCCGGCAUCGGUCAGGUAAUUUGUAGCUUCGUAUGUGAAAGUUUGUAUCUUGAUGAAGAUAGCUACUUCUACUAGGUAGAUCAUCUGAGGUACAAACUGCUAGAGGUUUGAAUCCAAAAAAACGGCUCAGAUCAAACUUCGUAAUCGUGAAUAGGUUCGGGGAACUGUAUAUAUUGAAAUCCAACUUUUCUUCUAUCUCGUUUCUCUCUAGGUCGCUGCUGUGGUCGGUCCCAUUGCUGCUGGUAUUACCGCUGCCGGUGCCGGUGGUAAUCGUGCUCCAGGUCCACUCUCAGCCACGUCUACAACAACCACUACUGCCACCACAUCUGUUCGCGUGGUAUGGUCUUUUUUUUGUUCGAUUUAGAUUUUUUAGAUUUCUGGGUUUCAUCUACAUUUUUUGGCGGAACAAGAACUGGGACUUAUCAUGAAAACACGAGUAGUCCAGCAUGUAGUUCAAAACGUUCUUCGAUUAUGUUCUUCUCCACUACCAUACAUCACCAGGACCAGCCAUCUAAGGAAGACGCUACUGUGAACCACUCGCAAGUAACGAAUGACCACAACCUGAAUGACGAGACCCGCCUCGACGAUUUUUUCGUACUACUGACAGAUGAUUCUAGAGGACAUUUCACAGCAUGAGCAUCUUUUUAAAAACUGAAAAGUUUUGACUGGUUGAUAUUAUAUUCACAAGAGUUUCAUCUUGUAUUGGUAGAUUAUGGAUUAUCAAAAGUUCAACACGUUGUUUAGACUGCACCUACCUAUCUAUUACAGCUCCCAACACUUUUGCAGGAUCCGUCGCCGGCGGCGAAGCGCAAAUGCUGUGAAGGCAGUAAGACCAACACCAUGAACAACACCAACGACAGCAGCGUCUGUCUCAGCGCCACUAGCAGCAGCAGCAGCAGCAGCACCGGCAAUCGCAACAGUAACAACAACAUCGUGGACAACAGCAAAGCUCCGGUGAAGGCGGAGAUCGCUGGUUCAGAUGACAGCAUCUGAAGCCAUUUCAGAUGAAAGACAGGCCUAGUACUGUUAGGUUGUCUGAAGCUGAAGAUGAUGCUUUUAGCAGGUUUGAUAUUCAGUUGUAGCUGUUGGUGUAGAAUUUUCUUGAUAGAUAUGAAAGUGUUAACUUCAUUAUUCAUGAUCUUCCUUCUUUCUUAUAAUAAUUGAAGUAAUAACUCGAAGUAAAACAAGAUAAAGAUCUACAAACAAGGCAUGACUUGAUCUUGAUGAUAUUUAUGAACCAUUUUUGAUAUGAAAAAUAUGUUCUUGUCGAUAUGGAGUACUAAAAUUUGUCUAUAUAAUUUUACUUUCUAUUUUUCAGUAAUUAUUAUAUCUAAUCAUUAGGAAUUCUAGUGGUAGUACAGCUCAACCUCAUUUAUCAGUAUUACCAAUGCAGUCGUGUUAUUAAAAGCUUCUUGUUGGUGAUGUAUCGUCGAUGUGGUCAUCCUCUUUUCUAGUACUCGUGAUCGUGUCUGUCUAGCAUAGUACCAGCCGACAAUACAACUCGACUACGUGCAAUAUAAGUGCUUAUCGAUCAUGAUUGGCAUCGUCUAGUUUGCAUGCAACAUCUAGCACGGGUGACAUCUCUGAAGGGGCGAGGGGUUGCGACUGAAGUACUGAAGAUGCAGUGGGAUUGAAUAUCGCCGAAGAAUAGGACUAGAAAAUGGGGGACCUCUAGGCGUUUAAAUGAAUGUGCUUUCUCUCAGUGACGUGGUGCGUUCUGAUAAACAGUAGUACAGUAUUACUACAGUUGCAUAUAUAUCAAGCUUGAGAAUAUUAGCUAUUCCUUACAAACAUCUUCGUAUUUCAUAGCAAGCGAGAGAUGUUGCUAGGUAUAAAAAAAGGAAUGCAGGCGCAUCAUCUGAGUCAUUACUCGAAGUUCGCUUACCAGUGGUAACUUAGGGAUGUGGAACUGCAUUUCUUUUCUGGUAUGUUUCACACUAGGGAGGAUGAGUGAGGCUCUGCUUGUGCAAAGAAGCAGCGGGUGGGGCUUCAGCCGUGGCUCGAGGAACUGUGGCGCAUGCUGCAGUUAAAACAUUCACAGAUAUUCAGAUUCUUGUGGUUUCAAUUUUGAACUAAAUACACUCCCAUCAGUAUUUUAAUACAAACCCCUUAUGAA